AUGGGCUUCAUUGUGAUUUGCAUCUUCAUAUUGGUUUUGUUACUGGGGUUUACCACUGUGUGGCGCUACUCAGUUUCAACAUUUGUCGGGGCUAUUCUCGCCUUCGUUUACAAGAUAGUAGAUUCUCAAGGUCAGAAGAUACCUGGGCCGUCAUGGGAAUGGCCGCAUGGUCAAUUCGUGGAUAAAUUCAUUGAUGGAAGAUCCAAAAGCUCACUUUGGUAUGGUGUCUUGACGAGCUCAAUAGACGUGAAAGAGUUUUAUUCCGAUGCACGCGUACACGAGAAGUCUCGUUCCAGCAAUGGGGGCUGGUAUUUUCAUCAGAUCUUAGGAGAUUGUCUAGGUCUCAUCAACGGCUCGAGACAUAGAAGACUCAGAAACAUUUUUGAGUCCCACUUCACUCGCCGAGCAGUUGCUAAUCGAUGCUCUCAUAUGAAUGACUACUCUCUGUCUUUCCUUCAAUCAAUCCCCCCAACCGAAGGCAACGAAAGCUCUGUCCUUCAUGCAUCCAGUGCAUUUAUGAAAUAUCCCCUGUUGUGUACCGCCGAAAUCAUCUACGGUCCUAUGGAAGAAGGCGAAAGAAAUGAACUCUGGGAGAUUGGACCUGGGAGAUUGAACUUGAUGCGAUAUGUCUUGAGCUAUAGGUCAUUCUGCACGGGUAUAACAGCGAUAUAUGAGCUUUCAAAUUUCAAACGCCGAUGGAAAGAUUUCAAUGCUAAAAUGGCAGAAAAGCGAGGGAAUUCGUUGCCUUUAACUCCCAUUGUCACCUCGUGGCAAUCUAUUGAGCGGAAGGAAGUCACAGAAAAUGAAGUUAAACUUCACCCAAAAAACGUUGCAAAUUAA